AUGGCGGGGUCUACGUCUACUAUACACAUCCCUAGCGAGGAGGAGAGACUGCUGGGCGGUCAAAGCGAGGAGGGAACGUCGUCCAAGGCCCAAGCUGCCCGCAGCUCGCGCAGAUGGGCUCUCACGGCAGUGGUGACGCUCCUGACGGCCACCGUGGUGGCGAUCGUGUACCUGUGGAUAGGGUAUGAGCCCCCGCAUGAAGUGACUGUGGCUGCCAGAACUCUUCCUGACCAGCCGGCGCCGAUUGCGCCGUCCAGAAGAUCGAGCGAGGUCCACCAUCCGAAGGCGUGCAACAGCGUCAGUGGCGGCUACCAGUGCUUUUCGGACCUCUCGCACCGCUGGGGCCAGUAUUCGCCCUAUUUCUCACUCGCAGAUGAGAGUAUCUCCGGUGCCACACCCGAGAAAUGCGAUAUUACCUUCGUGCAGGUGCUGUCUCGUCACGGCGCACGGUAUCCAACCGCAAAGAAGAGCGCGGCCUACAAGGCGCUCGUGGAAGAGAUACAAGCCAACGCCUCCGCAUAUCACGGCAAAACCGCUUUCUUGCGCACUUACAACUAUACGAUGGGCAGUGAUGACCUGACUACCUUUGGAGAACGCCAAAUGAUCAGCUCAGGUAUCAAGUUCUACCAGCGCUACGCAGCCCUUACGCGGGACCACAUCCCUUUCAUGCGUUCUUCGGGCUCCUCGCGAGUGGUCGAGUCCGGCAAAAAGUUCAUCCAGGGGUUUCAGCAGACCAAGAUGAAAGACAGCGCCGCCAACCACGUUCAGUCAAGCCCGAUUAUCAACGUGGUCAUCUCUGAAGACUCGGGUUCCAAUAACACCCUAAAUCACAACACCUGCUCGGUGUUCGAGGACAGCGACCUCGGUGAUACCGUCGACGACAAUUACAUAGCGCAGAUCGCUCCUUCCAUUGCCAAGCGUCUGGAGUCCCAACUCCCCGGCGUGACACUUUCCAAUGAUGCCGUAACCUACCUUAUGGAUCUGUGCGCUUUCGACACCAUCUCCUCGACUGCAGACGGCAGCAUCAUCUCCGACUUCUGUGCCCUCUUCUCCGAGCACGAGUGGACUCAGUACAACUACCUCCAGUCGCUGGACAAGUACUAUGGAUACGGCGCCGGUAACCCACUCGGCCCAACCCAGGGUGUCGGCUUCGUCAAUGAGCUCAUCGCUCGCAUGACCCACACUCCCGUUCACGAUCAUACCUCGACCAACACGACCCUCGAUGCCCCCGGCGCUGCCUCCUUCCCCGUCAACCGCACCCUCUAUGCGGAUUUCACCCAUGACAAUGGCAUGAUCCCAAUAUUCUUUGCACUGGGACUGUACAACGGCACGGCCACGCUUCCUCUCGACCAUGUCCAGUCCGCCGCGGCGGCAGAUGGAUUUUCUGCGGCGUGGACGGUGCCGUUCGCGGCCCGCGCGUACAUCGAGAUGAUGACUUGCAGUGGUAGCUCUGAACCCCUGGUCCGAGUGCUGGUGAAUGACCGGGUUGUCCCGCUCCACGGUUGUACGGUAGACAGCCUGGGGCGGUGUCGGCGCGGUGACUUUAUCAAGGGCUUGAGCUUUGCUCGUAAUGGCGGCGACUGGAGUAGCUGUUAUGCGUGA